AAGAAUAUAAAAAAAAAACAGGCUGCUCGGUUUCAGAUGCAAAUUGCCAGGAUAUUACACAGUGGAGGGGCGGAGAGAAAAAGACAUUUGCCUCAGACUUUCAGCUCACAAUGACAGAGUCCGUCCGGCAGAGCAACAUGAAACAUUUAGGAUAUUUUAUAUGCUUGCUCUUCGUCCCGUGGGGAGUAAUUGCGGACAAUGUUAAGUCUCUAGCUCAUGUCAGAAAGUACCAAAGAGCGAUACCUCAGAGGCUGAAGGAUUCGUCUCUCAUCAGUGAUGCUGCUACACAUAAGAAAUACCCUGAUACUGUCAAGUACUCAGUGAAUGUCGCGGGUGAAAACCACACUCUACACCUGGAAAAGAACAAAUAUCUUGUUGGAGAACAAUUUACUGUGACACAUUACUCUGAUCAGGGCACACAAGUGUCAAUAACUCCAGAUCUUGGGGUUCACUGCUACUACCAUGGGUAUAUUGUGGGAGUGGAGAAUUCCUCUGCCAGCAUUGGAUUGUGUUCAGGAAUGAAGGGUUUUUUUACCAUCCGCGACCAGGUGUAUCUCAUUGAGCCCCUAACUGGCGAGGAGGCUGGAGAGCAGAAUGGCAGGCAAAGCUCUGCAGCUCACAGUGACGAGGGUCUUCACGCUGUUUACGAGUACAAACACCUGAGGAGGAAGCGGAGCUCCUGUUCCCAUGGAAACACAACCACGUUCUAUGAUCAUGGAGCUCGUCCGUCUGGUCUAUUCCAGCUUGGCCACCUGAAAAGCAGAGCCCAGACCAAAGACCACACAGGAAAACCCAGGACGGUGGAGCUGGUUGUUGUGGUGGACAACACAGAGUAUAAGAAGUUCCGAAGUAAGAAGACGGUCGAGGCCAGGGUGCUUGAAAUAGUAAACCAUGUGGACAAGCUGUAUCGACCCGUGGGUGUUCGUGUGAUGCUGGUCGGCCUGGAUAUCUGGUCAUACAAAGACCAGAUCGAGGUCAGCACCAACCCUGAGCUCACUCUUGGUCGUUUCCUCGAGUGGCGUCAGCGUCACUUGGUGUCAAGAACCAAACAUGAUAACGCACAGUUCAUUACAGGUGUGGAUUUUGAUGGCUCUACCGUUGGCUUAGCAAACACCAAUGCAAUGUGCACCUCCCUCUCUGGAGCUGUCAAUGAGGACCAUAACACCAACUCAAUAGGUGUGGCCUCAACUAUUGCGCACGAAAUGGGUCACAAUCUUGGGUUGAUCCAUGAUGGUGAGGACUGUGUAUGUGGCUCAUUCACGUCAAAGACAAGAUGCAUCAUGGCUGAGAGUGUUGGACUUGUGUAUCCAGAACUUUUCAGCAGCUGCAGUCAGCAGCAGCUAAGCAGGUUCUUGGAGGAGGUCAAUCCUGCCUGUCUUCUGGAUACUCCCUCCACUAAUCGCAUCUAUGGGGGGCCUGUAUGUGGAAAUGCCUUCUUAGAGCCUGGGGAGGAGUGUGAUUGUGGCACUGUGGAGGAUUGCAAGAAUCCCUGUUGCAAUGCAACCACCUGCAAGCUGAAUGGAGGAGCCCAGUGUGCAGAAGGAGAGUGCUGCCACAACUGCCAACUGAAACCAACAGGCAGCAUCUGUCGACCAAAAGCAGGAGACUGCGACCUGGCAGAGUAUUGCACUGGUCUAUCUGCUGCUUGUCCAGCUGAUGCCUUCACCCAAAAUGGCCUAUCGUGCAACCGUGGAAGAGGAUACUGCUACAAUGGACAAUGUCCGUCACGGCAAGAUCACUGCAAGAGACUUUGGGGACCAGAUGCUGCAGUAGCUGCAGAUGCCUGUUUCUAUCAGUAUGGAAGCUGCAGGCAGACGCUGUUUAAGCAAAGAUGCUCCAGCCGAGAUCAGUAUUGUGGAACCCUUUUCUGUACUGGUGGAUGGGAAUUUCCAGUGACAUCUAGGAAAUCUUUCUACAAACUAGGAAGUGGAGUCAUGUGCAAUGAGGCAACCAUGAAGCCUGAAGAUAACUAUCCUACAGAUCUAGGCAUGGUGCCUACCGGCACUAAGUGUGGCGACAAUAUGGUAUGCUACAAACAACAGUGUGAAAACAUUAGAAACAUAAAAGCAUAUAGCACAGAUGACUGCUCAUCAAAAUGCAACAGCCAUGGGGUAUGCAACCAUGAGAGUAAGUGCCACUGUGAUCCUGGCUGGGCCCCACCUUUCUGUAAAGUGAAGCAGUCCGAGGUGACUGAAGAGUCGGGCCUGAUUGUGGUCGUUGUGUCAGUGGUGGUUUGCUUACUUCUGCUGCUCGUCCUGGUCAUUUGUAGUCUGAUGUGCUGCGUCAGGAGAAGGCAACCAACAAAGAGAUAUCUUCCAGCUACCUCAGGACAAUCAAACCCAUUGUUUCGGUCAAGCAGUACACGAGGCAGUCCUCGUCUCGCGACCACACACAUUAGCAAACCUACAUUUUUGGAGUCAUCAGUCACUCAAGCCUGUAAACCACUUUCCUCCGCAACUAUCAAACCACAGUGUGGAGAGCUGAGGCCAUGCAGAACAGCUCCAGAGCCACCCAAGAAGUUGCCAGCUACACCUCAGUCAUCAAAGACUCACCAGGUUGCUAUGGCGUUCAUGCAGCCACCAGCUGUCUCAAGAAUGCCAGUUUAUCCUGAGCAGAACAAGCCGGUUGCUCCAUCUAGACCUCUGCCUCCACUUGUAACAAAACCAAUCACAAAGCCAAAGCCUCCAUUGCCUCCAGUUAAGCCAAAGACAUCUGCCGUCUCCUCUUCACUGCCACAUACUCAGCUGCUUGGGGGUAAAUCUGCCCUGAUGCCCCCCCGCAGACCAAGAUGACAGAGGGAAUAAUUCACCCUGGUGUAAAUGCUGAGAUUCUCCGGCAAAGGAGAGUUUUUUCCCCUACCCCGGAGAUUCUCUCAGGAGAUUCUUUUCUGUUUUAAAGUGGAAACAGGAUCCGCUGAUGGGUCGGCAACCUUAGGUGACACAGCCUUUCUGUCUAUUAUGUUGCCCCCUGUGGAUUACAGUUGUCUGCGUCCUGCUACUGCCAGCCUUCAGUGUGAUGAUCCAAACCUGAAGCCAUGUUCAACUGAUUCUACUUGAGUGCUUUAUUGAUGAAAAAUACUUUUUAAUGCCAUGAUGAUCUUUUUUAUUUUGUUUUGAAGGGAAACGAUUCACUGCCUUUAUCACAGGGAUUUUUAACAUUUUUGAGGCUACUACAUUGUUAUUCCUUCUGUUUACAUGCACAUCGAUAUCCUGGUUAUUACUGGAUUUUUUUUAAUGAACCUGGUUAUGUGUAUUUGGUGUGCAGAAACCUGAACAUAUUACUUAGAGUACUCUGAGAAAAACCAGAACGCUGUGGCUUGUAAACAUCUUAUCUAGGUUUCUAAAUAUCUUCUGCUGGUAGAGAUCACUGUGGCCAACAUGAUAAGAACAGGCGCACAAUCAGAAUCCUGGAUAUUUACAAGGCUAUGUAUGUAAAAUAAAUCAUCAGGUUUCUUAUGUUUCAUGUAAACUUUCUGGAGUAUGAUUAAAAUCUUGAUGAGACUAAAGAAUGAUAGUGAGAAUGUAAACAGACUCAGUGCUGCAACUUUUUAAUAUACUGCGAAUUGUACUUUUGGUUUUGGUACUGCCUUUCAUGAAAAAUAAUAUUAAGGGAUUUAAAAAUGUUGCUCCAGCAUUAUAAAACUGUCUGCUCUACUGUUCCACCCAGGGCCAGUGCAUCCAAACUGAAAGACACACAAAACAUUCACAAACUUUAAGGCCUGUUAUUUAAGGUAGUUAUUUGUCAGGCAUGUUUUGCACUCUUUGAGUUAAAUUUCCUCUUUACUUUUGUUACUUCUGUUUCUGUUUGUUUUUAUAAUUUAAUUACACAUUUACAUAAUUUUAUUACGCAGAAAAAAUGUUUUGUGUAUUUCCUUGUUUUUUCAAUCUAUCUGUGGCCAUUUUGUGUUUCUUUAUGGUCAUGGUACAUUUUAUAUAGCUGUUUUACAAUCUUCACUUUUGUGUCUUUUCAUUGAUCAUGGUCACAAUUAAGUUGCCAUAUUGUGUUGAAAUCUUUGUGAAAAAGAUUAAUUUCUUUGUGCUCUUUUAUAUUUUAUAUUAAUUAAGUAUCUCUUGGUGGAUAUUUUGUGCCUUGCCUUUGUUAGUUUGUGUCACUUUUGGGGAUAUAUUGCAAUUUUUGGAAAAAACCCAGUGCCUCAUUGGUCCUUGAGCCACAGCACCAACUGAUCACUUUAUGUAUGUUUAUUAUUUUCAAAAGCAGAAAUGUUGCUUUUUUUAAAAACUAUUUUGAAUUGACUGAAUUAUUUACAUCUGGAUUGUAAUUCUUAAAGAAAUGUUCUAAUUGUUUACAUUUAUAAUGCCAAUUAUGAAUUUCUGACUUGAUUCGCCUUGCAUAGUGUUGCUGAGAUUUCUUGUUUGCAUCUCUGUCCAGUAUUAAAUAAAUGUGAAUCGUCACGCUG